CCAACCGGUUGAACAUUUUCAAAGCGCGGUUUGCGCCGAAGAAAGUGAUUGAGCGUAGCUAAGUGAGCUCGAGUAGAAAAUUGGAGCGAAUUAAUUUCUUGCCACACUGCAUUUGUCACCUUUAUAGAGUUCAAGACAGUUACAGUCGCAGUUGCAAAAUGGUGUCGAAAACGGAUACAGAUGAACCUCUAACCGGGAAAAAUGGAACCAUCAAGACCGGCGGCACGAAAGCCCGUGUCAUCAAUCCGCACCUGGUGCUACUGAAGGUUUCCUUGUUCCUGAUAUUCGGGGCCACGUCGUCGCUGGUGCCAUACCUAACGGUGCACAUGCAAAGCAUUGGACUAACGGUGGAAGAAAUAGCCGCCAUCUAUUUGACAUUGCUUUUCACGACGUGCCUUAGUCCACCCAUCACAGGAUAUAUCAUCGAUAGGUUCGGCCGGUACAAACCGGUUCUGUUGGUCAGCUUGGUAUUGAAUUUGGCAGCUCAUCACUCUUUGGAUUUGGUGCCAAUUAGACAGCCAUGGGAGCUGAGAAUCGUGGAACUAAAUGUGACUAUGGACUCAACAUACAGCGGAAAUAUGGUCUUGAAUGAACCAUGCAGCAACAACGGAUGCCCAACACUAUCGAUUAUGGAAAAGAAACUCGUGGAAAAAUGCACAUUGGCCACAAGAAACGGCACAAAGUUGGAGAUAUUUGCAACUGCAGAUGAUGAUGAAAAAUAUUGCGGCAUAAUAACUCUCCCAAACUGCUUUUUACAACAAUCCCAAAUUGCAAAUAUCUCAUCAAUGGUCUUAAAAUGCCCCAACACUACGGAAUACGAUCGAACAUUCUGGUACUACCUCCUGUUCCGAUUCAUAGCCUCUGCAAUGUUUUCGGCAAGCCUGACAAUCACCGAUCCCAUCGCCCUGACAAUGAUCGAACAGUAUGGGGGCGAUUUCGGUCAGGAAAAAUUGUUUUCCAGUGCUGGAAUGGCCAUCUUUACUCCACUCACCGGGCUGCUCAUCGACUAUUACUCCGAAGAUAGCCACAGUACUUACUAUACACCGGCCUUCUACACUUACGACAUUCUGCUAGGACUAUCGCUAAUAUCGGUAUUUCUACUUCCGGUUGGCAAGAAGUUACCCUCGGAAAGCAUCAUGAAGCAUCUGUGGGAAAUCCUUCGUCUACCACAUGUACUGAUGUUCUUAUUCUUCCUGUUCUUCUUGGGAAAUUUCUGGGGAUUCAUUGAGAGCUAUCUGUUUGUGAUCAUGAAAGAAAUGGGAUCUCCCAACUACCUUCUUGGGUUGACCUACACGGUUGGGACUGUUGCCAGUAUUCCAAUGAUGUAUCUCACUGGACCGAUCACUCGAUGGGCAGGACAUGUCAAUCUCCUGGUGAUGGCAUUCUUCGCACACGCCAUCAGAAUCCUAGGUUAUUCUUUUAUGAGUAAUCCAUUCUGGUGCUUCCCGGUGGAGUUGAACGAAGCAAUCUCCUGCUACUUCAUGUGGGUGGUGGCCACCACUUAUUGUUCUGUACUGGCUCCAAACAGCCUGGUUGCCACUUUGAUCGGAGUCUCCGGGAUGGUGCACUUCUGUUUGGGCAAAGGAAUUGGCUCGUUUUUCGGAGGAUAUCUCAUUGCUCUGUACGGGACGAGAUUGGCAUUCCGGUAUAUGGGAUACAUUGCAAUUGUAUGUGGAUGUUGUUACAAGUUGAUUCACCUAGUUUGGCUGAAAAAGUACGACAAACAUCAAGCUGCUAAUGGGGAUCAAUGUGGAGAGUGUGAUUUUCAAGAGAGAAGACUAUCACUGGUUCCUAAGUUUAGCCAGUUUGGAAGUAUUCCAGGAAAUUUGAAAGCCGAUGAUCAGAAAAAAUUGGGCAAUUAAUCAUCACCAGUUUAAGAACGACCAUCUACCAGCGAAUUUAGGAAAAUUAAACAAUGAACUCUAGAUUUUCAAGCUGAGAAUAAACAAAACCCCAUUUCUUCGAGAUUCUGAAAAAAAAAUCAAAAUAUUGUCCUUUGCUAAGUUGGAGUGGCAGGAAACGUCAUUCUAAACUUCUCGAAUAAUGUGACCCAUUGUGAAUAGAGCUGAUGUUUUAAGGCAUGCGUAUUUAGGGAAAAAAAUUACUUCAAACUGGCUUUUCUCUACUCAAACACUUACCACACUUCUGUAAAAUAAAGAAAACAUGUGUUAAAAAAUAAAACUUAAUAAAGAAGCUUU